UCCUGUCACAAACAGCAGUAGCCAUGUCCAAGCCGACGGUAGUAGCCUUUACCUUCGGGAUGGUCAUUCUCAGUAUUCAGGUCCUGCAUGCUUGCCCUCGGUCAUCUUCUGGUUUGUAAAUGCAAGCAAUAUGGACAUGCAUGUUUAGGAGGUCACGGGAAAAGAUCAGAUAUUUCGAAUCAGCAUUUAAUGGAUUACAUCUUAAGAAAAAUGGAUCGCAUGCAAGAUGAAAGCGCAGACAUUUCCACUCCAAGGAGAGAUGAAUUGCGAAGCAUUUUUGAGAAAAAUUACGAAAAGAAAUUAAAUGAUUGGGACAGCUACGAAGAAGAUGAAUUGAGACCCACUCUUUUUAACGCAUUUAAUUAAAAAUCGUUCGAUUUGGAAUAUUUUCAAAUAAUAU